AUGAGUGCUUCAACUACCUUGGCGGGUUCCAUGGCCACCCCCGACAGCAUCCCUCCGCACAUCAACAUCAACAGCAACGUCGACAAUGACAUCGACAAGCACAACCCCGACAGUGACGACUCCGACUCGGACACCGAGUCCAUCACGGACAACGCACUCUGGAUUGAGGGCGACUUCAUCUUGAUCAGCUCGGACAACACCCGCUUUCGCAUCCAGUCGUUCCACUUGUAUGCGGCUAGUCGUGUUUUUCAAGAUGCCAAGAGUUUAGCCGUCGGCGAGCUCAAGCUUCACCUGACUGAUCCGACUACAGAAAACGCGGACACUAUCCACCACUUUCUCCGCCUCAUCACUAGCGGUAACGGCCUUGGGUAUAAGUACCCUGAUGCGUGGAUCGGACUCGAGAAGGCCGUCAACCUCGUCGCUUUCCUCAAGAAGUGGGAAUCCAAGGCAGCUCUGAACUCUGUGGCCUAUCAAGCCCAUCAAAUCCUUUCCGACCAUGGUAUCAGUCGCAUGGACUUCUUCAUUCUUGGAGCGGUGCUUGACGAUCCAUACUUUUGCAGCAAGGUGCUCAAGUCAACUCCUCAGUCGUACCAGUCCAGCUUGGGAGGACCCAAGUCCUGGGAAACGAAAGCCUUGGUCGACGGCAGGGGCGACGCCGAUACCGCGGAUCCUACCGCCUUGCCGUACGAUACAUGGCUACUCAUCCCCCCCGACUACUACUGGGCACUUGUCCGCGCCUGGGGAGAGUCCACCGGCAACAAGAGCAACCUUGCUAUCAGAUUCCUUAAGCUCAUUCAAGCAGUGAAAAGUCAGAAGCUCCAUGCGGCGCCGUGA